CGUAAAAUAGGAAUUCCCCAAAAAUUUUGACCCUCUUUUUUGGAACGCCAUUGCUAUCUUCAUUUAGAUUUGUUGGCCGAUCCUUGACUACUCGAAAGAUGACAUAGGAUUGUCGAGAAACUCAAAUUACCUGCUUACUCGCACUUCCAGGUAAUGCCGUAGGUUCAAUAAUAAACAUCAAUACGCAAUGGAAGAGACUAUUAAUGGAUCAAGUGAUAUUGAGGAGGCAGGUCAAGUAAACAUUAUUGACCCUAUGUCAGAUUGUCUUGUUGUGGGUGCUGAGGUAGGUCCCUCUGCAGAGUGUGUUCCUAAUUAUGUGAUGUCUCCAAUGAAGACCAUAGAGACUGUAGAAGUAAUAGUGUCAACCAAUAAGGUUGCUGUGUAUGCUACCAUUGAAAGUCCUAAAGUUGGUAUGGUUUUUAAAUCAUGGCAAGAGGUUGAGUCAUACUACAAACAAUAUGCUGAGCAACAAGGAUUUGUUGUCACAAGGUCUCAAGGAUGGGUGUCGAAGAAGAAUAAUGAGAGGCGGGGGACUACUUGGUGGUGUGAAUGUUGGGGUCAUCCGGAUACGAGGGCUAGGCGGGCAGCAAGCAAAAGGGCUAAGUCCAUGGAUGUCAGUGGGGUUGGCAAAGUUGAUGGAGUUAUUGGGGAAGAUGAAUUAUCUCGCUAUAAAAGGACAUCUAAGAAAUGUGAAUGUGGUGCCAUGAUAUAUGCUAGCAUGAAUCAAGAGGGCCUUUGGGUGUUGCGAAAGGUUUUCCUUGAUCAUGUCCACAAAGUGUCCCCGACUGAGUCCAAGUUGGUCAAGGAAUAUCGUAUGAAGAAGUUAACAACAAAUGUUAGAAAGAACCUAAUACACUUCUAUGAUGAGGGUACCCCAGUAACUCAGAUUCAUGGUUGUUUGGGGUUGGACAAAACUGAAGAAAUCCUGCCUACCGUGAAGGAUUUACAACACGAGAUCUACAAGGAGAGAAGGACGCGUUUGAAUAUGGCUGGUGGUGAUUGUGCUGCUAUGAUGGAGUAUUUUGAAAAGAUGCAAGCUGAUAACUCUAAUUUCUAUCACACACACCGCCAAGAUGAGGAUGCCCGUAUGAAAGAUGUGAUGUGGGUGGAUGCUCGUAGUAUGGCGACGUUUGAGUAUUUUGGAGAUGUUUGCAUGGAUGCCACAUAUCUUACAAACGAGUAUGAGCUCCCCUUUGUAAAUGUCGUAGGAGUCAAUCAUCAUGGGCCAUUGAUAUUGUUGGGUUGUGCUCUCGUGUCACAUGAAGAUACGGACACCUAUUGUUGGUUCAUCCGUCAAUGGUUGGCUUGCAUGAGUAAUAAUCCACCUAAGUCAAUCUUAACUGAUCAAGCGGCUGCCAUUCGUAAGGCAAUUUCCCUAAAGAUGCCUACAGCACGACUCAGAUGGUGCAUAUGGCAUAUAAUGCGUAAAAUUCCGGAAAAGCUCGGGAAAUGUGAUGGUUACAUGGACUUUAAAAGUCCACUGAAGAAAGUCAUUUAUGAGAGUUUUACCAAGGAGGAAUUUGAGAGUAGAUGGAUUUCUCUCGUUAAUGAACACAAAUUGGAGGCAAAUGAUUGGUUAUCUGAUCUUUAUGAGGAGAGGCAUAUGUGGGUACCUGCCUUCAUGAAAGAGCAUUUUUGGGUUGGGAUGAAGACAACUCAACGUGUCGAAAGCAUUAAUAGCUUCUUUGAUGGCUUUGUCAAUAGGAACACAAAGUUGCAUGAAUUCCCUUUGAAGUAUAACAGGGCCAUGACCAAGCGUGUUCGUGAUGAAAACAAUGCGGAUGCUAGGUGUUCCAAGUACGAAAGGCGUCUAGUAAGUGGGUUUAAGUUGGAGAAGAUAUACACUAACACAAAAUUUCAGGAAAUUCAAAAGGAGUGUGCUCAUAUGAUGUAUGUUUAUCCUCGGGAAGAGCGCAUUCUGCAAGACAAUCUUGUUUAGUAUGUGUUGGAGGAUCGGGUAUGGAUUAUUCGCGAGGGAUCAAAACAGGAAAAAAUAACUGACCGUCGAAGGUUCUUAUGUGUUACCUUCAAUCCGGAAACAAAGGAGGUUACUUGUGACUGGCAAGUUCGAAACCUUUGGAAUUUUGUGCAAGCACUGCAUCCGUGUUUUAGACCAAAAUCUUGUCUUUGAGAUUCCAAAGCAGUACAUACUUGACAGGUGGAGAAAAGACAUAGUGAGAAGGAACACAAGAAUAAAGGUCUCGUACUAUGACCCUUCUGAUACAAUUGAGGUGAAACGUUUCAACAAAAUGAUGACCAAAUUUGAGUAUUUGAGUCCAUUUGUGAAGAUGCCUCUGCGGUUGAUGAUCCGACUGUUGAUUUGGUUAUGGAGAGGUUAACACAGCUUUCUAAUGAAGUAAUCGAGGCUAGGAGUGCAUUUCAAAGCAAGAAAAAUCCACCAGGUCUUCCCAAAACCAACAUACUCCAUCUGAGAUUGGAUCCAACUCCGCUUUUGCUAAAUUUACCCCUCUAUCUGUUACUAAACCUAUUGCACUUGAAAAAAAUGACAACACUGAAACUAUUAUUGAUCCAAAGACUAGAAAAAAAACCACGUGGUCGUUCCAAGAUUACCAGGUACAAGUCUUAUGCGGAGACCGGGUACAAAAAUAUUCAUAAUCAUACAAAAGAACCUGAUCUAGCUCCACAGAAACAUCAGGUGAAGCGCAAACUAGAUGUUUGUCAAGAACAGGAUGCUGAAGAAAUCCCUAUUGUUCCGGCUAAACAGGUCAAAAGAAAACAAAAUGUCAAAGCUAAGAAAAAGGUUGCAAAGAAUAACGUCUAGGAAUGCAACGACAACAUUGGUGACUCCAUUCCAAAUGAUAACGACCUGCUGCUAGGGAAUUUGGUGGGAUGGUCUACCCCUUCUAACGCCUUCUAAUGAUCAGCUACUGUGAUAGGCCAAUCUUAAAGUUGUAACUACAAUUUUAAUCGGUAUCAGUUAUUUGGGGGAGUACCAUAAUAUGAAAGUUAAUCUCUUCGUUAGUUAUGAUAUUAUUGUUAUGAGGUUAUUGUUAUGUCCUGUAGUUUUUGCACAAGACUUAAUACUUGCUUUAUGUUAAAAUUGUGGUCACAAACCAUAAUAUGGGACACUUUGUCUCUGUUGUAUGUAUGUGGAUUAAGUCUCAUUCAUAAGUGUUAUUUUUCUUA